AUGUGUCCUGAUGGAGCCAGCAAGUUAUCCAGGGAAUCUAAAGAAUAAAAUAAGAAUGAAAGAUGAAAACAAUCAAAAUCAUGCUCCGUCUAACAGUGCAAAGAGAGGUCAGUGGGCCAACAAGAGGGAGUUCAUUUUGUCAGUAUCCGGACAGAUCAUUGGUCUGGGCAAUGUUUGGAGAUUUCCAUAUCUGUGCUUCAAAAAUGGAGGUGGAGCUUUCCUGAUCCCCUAUGUGGUGUUCCUGUUCACGUGUGGAAUCCCCAUCUUCUUUCUAGAGGUGUCUCUGGGGCAGUUAACGGCUCAGGGUGGGAUCACAUGUUGGAGGAAAAUAUGUCCCAUAUUUGGAGGUUUAGGCUACGGCAGUCAAGUUACAUUGUUAUACAGUGUGGUGUAUUACAUUGUCAUCCUGGCUUGGGCCUUCCUCUACCUCUUCUCCUCCUUCCACACUGUACUCCCCUGGGCCAGCUGCAACAACACCUGGAACACAGAUAACUGCAUUGAUUGUGGACAGAAUGAUUCAGUUUAUCGCCACAUCAAUGAAAACACAACAUCAUCAGUGAAAGAAUUCUGGCAGAGGAGAGUCUUGGGCUUGUCUGGAGGAAUUGAAGAGAUGGGCAGUAUCCGCUGGGACCUGGCUGGAUGUCUUCUGCUAAGCUGGAUCAUCUGUUACUUCUGUAUCUGGAAAGGAAUCAAGGCGACAGGAAAGGUUGUGUACGUCACAGCCACUUUUCCAGUUGUGAUGUUGAUUGUGAUGCUGAUCCGUGGGCUGACAUUGCCAGGAGCUUUAACUGGAAUUAGAUAUUACCUUUAUCCUGAUCCGACCCGUCUGACUGAUCCUCAGGUGUGGAUGGAUGCUGGGAGCAGAGGUCGCGUAUUAUUCUCCUAUGGCAUUUGCGAAGGCUGUUUGCAAGCAAUGGGAAGCUACAACAAAUACAACAACAACUGCUACAAAGACACUUUCGCCUUGUGCGCACUGAACAGUUUAACCAGCUUUGUUGCUGGCUUUGCAGUCUUCUCUGUUCUUGGCUUCAUGUCGCAUGAAUUGGGUGUUGACAUCUCAACAGUAGCUGAAUCAGGUCCUGGCCUGGCAUUCAUUGCUUACCCUCGGGCUUUAUCCAUGAUGCCUUUACCUCAACUCUGGGCUGCCUUCUUCUUCAUCAUGAUUAUCCUUCUUGGAUUGGACAGUGAGUUUGUGUAUCUGGAAGGCCUGGUGACAGCCAUAUCAGACAUGUUUCCAUCCUUCUUUCUCAUUGGUCAUCGACGUAAACUACUUCUGUUGAUCAUCUGUGGUGUUUCCUUUGUUAUUGGCCUGUUUAUGGUGACUGAGGGAGGACUUUAUGUAUUUCUGCUGUUUGAUUACUAUGCUUGCAGUGGAAUACCAUUAAUGAUUUUUGCCAUUUUGGAGUGCGUCUGUGUGGGAUGGAUAUAUGGUGCUGAUCGUUAUUAUGACAAUAUAAAGGAAAUGAUUGGCUACUACCCCUCAUCGCUUAUGAAAUAUUGUUGGAAGUUCAUCACACCAUGUCUCUGUGUUGGAACCCUGAUAUUCUCUAUGGUCAAGUUCACCCCGCUGAAAUACAACAGCACCUACGAGUACCCCUGGUGGGGCUUUGCCAUUGGGAUGGGUCUUGGUUUGUCUUCAGUUCUCCUGACUCCUCUGUGGAUUAUCUAUCGUAUGGCUGUAACCCCGGGAACACUGAGACAGAGACUGAAAACGUUAUGCACUCCAGCGUACGAUCUGCAUUCUUCACCAAAGAAGACUCUUUACCCAGAAACCCCUCCUCCUGAUACAGAGCUGCAUGCUUUAACUUAAAAACCAGAACAUGGC